CAUGCACAAAAUAAGCAUUGUGCCUACUUCAAUGCCAUGGCGUCCAUUGGGCGAGCGGUGUCUGUUUUCGAGGCCAAGUCGAUGAGGCUGUCUCGCUGCGCCAGUGGCAGGACCUUCCCGUGCUCCGAAGAAGACCUGGCGGCACGGGACAAGGCCCUGGCAGGGCUGCGGGACACCUUCGAGCAGCGGAAGGGGCGGCAGCUGUCGCUGGGGCCGCCUCUGGGUCGCAAAGUCUUCGUGUCCAACUUGCGCUCCAAAGACGGGCGUGAGCUGGUGCCGAAGCUCACGAUCCUGGACUCCAGUGGGGUGAAGUGGAUGACGCUCACGAAGCGCGACUUUGAGCAGAUCAUCAAAUGGAAGGACGAGAUCAACCAGGAGAUCAUCAGGUUCAAGAAGCAGAUGUCUUAAGUCGUUGCUCGCGGUUUCACCUCGCAGAGCGCGAGAUCG